AUGGAAACACUGCAGCUGCUCUGGAUCGCCCUGGCCACCAUCGUCUUCGUCGGCAUCUUACUGCGAAGCACUAGGCAUGCUCCAUACACCUUGUUACAGCCAACCGUCGAGAUCAGCAACCCGGACGUCGCCCGGCGCAUGCUCUUCGACCAUGCCGACGCCUUCUCCAACCGCCCGACCAAACCCUUCCCUCUAGACUUCGACGCCGCCGGGCGGCACCACAGCAUCAGCACCAUACCCUAUGGCCCGUCCUGGGGCGUGCUCCGGCGCAGCCUCACCGCGGGCAUCCUGCACCCGACGCGCCUCGGCCUUCUGGAGCAGGCUCAACGGGAGGCCGUCGAGAGCUUCGUCGCCGACCUCUACGCCGCUCGGCGCGGAGACGCCGGCGGCGAGGUGGUCGUUCGCGACGGCCUCCGCCACGCGAUCUACACGCUGAUGGCGCGCCUGUGCUUCGGUGAAGGCGCCGUCGAUGAGCACGACGUGCGCGCCAUAGACCGCGCGCAGAUGGAGUUCCUGUUCGCCUACGCCGGAACCAAGGCCGUGGAAGCCACGAGGCUGCCGAGGGUUUUGUACCGGAGACGGUGGCUACGCCUCGACGCCGCGUUCAACCGGCUAUCCUACCUUAUGAUCACUCUCAUCAUUGCAGCCAGGCGUCGGUGGACGGAACGGGGAUGUGGCGGCGGCGGCGGCGGUAGCGUCACCCCGUACGUCGACUCGCUCUUCGUCCUCCGAGUCCCCGCUGACGACGCCGCCGGCGGCGAUCGGCGCGGCCGCCUGCUCACAGACGCUGAGAUGGGCCCCAUCGUGUGGGAGUUCAUCCUCGCAGGCGCCGAGACGGUCGCGUGCUCCGUCUAG